AUGCCAAAUUUUGUCGAUCUGCGUACCAAAUCAAAUUUUGAUAUUUCGUUAUCUUUAUUCCAUAUAGAAUUCGGUAUGAAGUUAGGCAGCUUUCAAAGGUUUAAUACAACAUUUAUGAGAACAAAAACGCGUCAAUUUUCAAGACGUUUUUGUGUUUUAUCUUACAAUGCUAAUACUAAGAGUCCUACAGCUAAAUUUUGUCUAAACAAAUACGCGCAUGCCACGGUACGGCCUUUUUUUUAUCGCGUAAAAAUACCCUAUUCUUUUAUCAUUCGUUCAAAAAAAACCUUUACAUUACCUAUAAACAAACUGCCCAACAUUUCAAAAACUCCGCAAAAUAUCGAUGACUCGUAUAAAGGACCUGAAUGGGAUAGUACAGUAGGUAAAGUAGUCAGGCUUGCGCAACUAAAAUAUCCGGACUGCGUUAUUUUAACGCGUGUUGGUACUUUUUGGGAGCUAUAUUUCGAGCAAGCCACGAAAAUUGCUCCACUUUUAAAUAUCAAGUUGACAAAAAAAAAAUUUGGACAAGAAUAUAUGCCUUUUGCAGGUUUUCCCCUUCAACAUCUUGAUAGAUAUCUUUCAACAUUGGUCAAUGAUCAUGGUCUUUCGGUAGCUCUUUGUGAAGAGUUUCUUAACGAUGAAAAUGAUGAAAAAAUUAAGUUUAAGCGUCGAGUUUCGCGUAUUAUUACUCCUGGAACACUUAUUGAUGAAAGUUUUUUACUACAAGAUCAAAAUAAUUUUUUGCUUGCACUUUCAUUGGAUGAGAGGACAAAUAAUGUCGGAUUAGCAUGGAUUGAUAUAACAACCGGCCAGAUGUUCACUGCAAUGAGUGGGCUAGAUUCACUUUCUAAUGUUUUGGCCCGUAUUCGACCUAGCGAAAUUGUUUUAAGUGAACAAUUUAAAAUUCUGAAAGAUCAUCCUAUAUGGAUUCAGUUAAAUCGUGAAAAAUAUGCCUUUGCAUAUGAAUCAAUUAAAUCAUUUUAUACUCAACAUUCGCAAUCCGAUUUGCAUUGCGAUGCAAUUGAAGAAGUCUUUUCUGGCGUUGAAAUUCAAGCUAAUGCAGCUUUACAUAAUUAUAUUAGUAGAAAUCUCAUUGAAAGAUUUCCUAAAAUUCAACCUCCAAUAAGAAUAAAUCCAGAAAAUACAAUGAUUAUUGAUGAAACGGCCUUACGAUCUUUAGAAAUAAUCAUGUCAAAUCGCAAUAAUUCUAAAAGAGGAAGUUUAAUUCAUGCUAUUGAAAGAACAAAGACAAAAUCCGGCACGAGAGCACUUGAUCAAUGGUUACGCUUUCCAACAACAUCUUUAAGCAAAAUUAACAAUCGGUUAGACAUUGUUGAAUAUUUUUAUUACAAUACGCACCUCACUAGUGACAUUAGACAAAUGUUGGAAGAUGUUGAUGAUGCUCAAAGAACUUCGCAGAAGAUUUCUUUUGAUUAUUAUGGACCUGACGAUUUUCUUAAACUUAAACGAACAUUUGAGGCUAUGGGAACAAUUAAAACGCGUCUAAAAGAGGAAUUGAAAAUUAAACCAAACUUAAGUUUAGAAGCACUCGUUGAGCGUUUAAAACCUCAAAAUGAACUAAUAAAAAUAAUAAAAGACGCUAUAGACGAAGUUGCGUUAAUAAGAGAUAAAGAGACAACCGUUAAGACUGGAUUAGCUAUUAAUGAUUUUGAUUCAGAGAUUGAAGAAGUUGAACUUUCCGACAAUGGAAAUCAAAUGGUGGAAUUAAACAACGAAAAAAGGAAUAUUUUAACUAUUAAAAAAAAGAGAAAUACAAUUAAAAAGAAUAACAAAAAUUCCACCGAUUCAAAUCUCGAAGAAGUGCAAGCACUCAUCAAAUCUGAUAGUUGGAUUAUUAAGACAAAUUUUUCAGAAGAAGUUACAAGUCUGCAUAAUCAACUUGAAGCUCGAUACUUGGAAAUGAUAGAAAUGCAAAAUCGAUGGCGAACUGAAUUAAAAUCACCAUCAUUAGAACUUCGAAAACAUUCGAGUUUUGGCUUCAUCGUAGCUGUUAAACGCAAAAAUGAUUGUAAUUUGGAAAAAUCUCUAAAUGCAACACGUAUCCAACAUUUUAAAUCUAAGAAAUGGUUUAUUGUUCAGAUUUCUGAUGAUUGGGAUUUGACGAUUCGUAAUACGAAUGUAAUCGAUGAAAUCGAUAUUGCUUCAUCCUUGGCGGUAUUAGCCAAAGAAAAAAAUUUCGUUCGACCUAUUCUAAAUCAUAGUAAUACUCAUAAAAUUAUGGGAGGCCGUCAUCCAAUUGUGGAAUUUGGACUUCAUAUGAAAGAACGUCAAUUUACAAAAAAUGAUUGUCAAGUUGGAGAUAAAGAACGAGUUUUGUUAAUAACUGGUCCAAAUAUGGGAGGAAAGAGUACAUUUUUGAGGCAAAACGCGAUUAUAUCAAUAUUGGCACAAAUCGGUUCAUUCGUUCCUGCCGACUAUGCAGAAAUUGGAAUAGUGGAUCAAAUAUUUAGUAGGGUCGGUGCUUCUGAUAAUUUGUAUCAGGAUCAAUCAACAUUCAUGAUUGAAAUGAUUGAAGCUGCAAAUAUCCUUAAACAUGCUACGAAAAGGUCAUUUGUAAUUAUGGAUGAAAUUGGUCGAGGAACAACGACUUUGGAUGGAAUCGCUAUAUCUUUUGCAACGUUAUAUCAAUUGCAUUAUGUAAAUAAAUGUCGUACUUUGUUUGCAACACAUCUUCACGAAUUAGCAAAUAUGAUAAAAAAUUUUGAAUAUGCUGCUUGUUACUGUACCGAUAGUCAGGAAAAUGAGGAUGGAAGUUUUCAUUAUCUUCAUAGGGUAAAGAAAGGCGUAAAUCGAAAUUCAGUAGCAAUCAAGGCCGCACAAUUAGCAGGUAUAUGA